AUGCCCUACGCAAAACCUAGAAACAGAUUAUCUUUACAACAUAAAAGGAGAAGUCAGUUAAAAUACACAGAAGAUAUAGAAAUCAUUGAAAGAAGUGAUAGUGACAGCAAUGAGGAAAAUAUCCCUUCAGCAGUGUUUGGGGAUAAUGAAGAGGAAAAUCAGGUUGCUGGGAGUGAUGUGUUUCAGUUUAAAACUCCAAAAAAGUCAGGAAGUAUGGCACAAAAAGCAUCUGAGGCAAGAACACCAAAGACUCCAAAGUCCAUUCUGAAGAGCAGCAGGAAGGGAUCUGAAAGUAGGACUCCACAAAAAGGGGAAGGAACUCCUACAAAGGGAUUACAAGUUAAGAAGAAAGGGAGGAAACCAGAGGCUACAACACCAUUUAAGCUCCGGAAAAGAGCCGAAUGUAAGU